AUCGCCGGUGCCUUACCGAUCCGAGACAGCUGCAGAAUCGCGAAUUCCAUGGAAUCGUCUGGAUCGACGAUUCGACUCGCAGAAACGCAAGAUCGGGUUCAAUCGCCGAGUCUGCGAAGCCCAAACAGCGUCUCUUCAAAAUCUCCUUCCAAUUGCGUCUGGAAUUGCAAUUGGAAAGUCGCAUCUGAUCUGUUGCGACUCCCAAUUCCGAUCAGAAACAUAGUAUCUCCCUUUAUUUAUUCCCAAUUUCAAUAGGAAAGCACCGUUUCUUCUUCUUCUAUUUAUUUACUCCAUAUUUCAAUAGGAAAGCAGCUUAGUUUCUCCCUUUAUUUACCUCCCUUUGUUUCGAUCGGAAACAGAGUGCAAUAAAAUGAAAACCUGUUGGAGCGAGGAUGAAGAGAGGCUCUUGGUGGAAUUGCAUGAGCAGCUCGGGAACCGGUGGUCAGAGAUCGCGAGGCGUAUCCCGGGCCGGUCCGAGAAUGCGGUAAAGAACCACUGGAAUGCCGCAAAGAGGCGGCAGUUCUCAAAGAGAAGAGAAAGUGAAGUGGGGUCAAGCAGCAGUAGCCACACAGCCAACAAAAGGAGGCCAUUGGCUCUCCAAAACUUCAUGAAAUACAAGUAUUUCAGCGGUCUAACCCUAGGCUCACCCGGUUCGGUUUUUGAUGUUCGGGAAAACCCCCCGGUCCAACGACAGGGGAUCACUACUGCUAACCCCCUACACAGGGGCUCGCUCUCUUCAGUACUAUUUCCUGUGGAGAAUGAGCACCGUGAUUCACCGCCAUCGCUUCUAGCUGAAACUUGCGAUGAGGAGAUGAGCUUCAUGGCAAAGCUCUUCGGGAGCUCACCGUCAUCAUCGGGAACAUCAAUGAAAACCUGUUGGAGCGAGGAUGGAGAGAGGCUCUUGGUGGAAUUGCAUGAGCAGCUCGGGAACCGGUGGUCCGAGAUUGCGAGGCGUAUCCCAGGCCGGUCUGAGAAUGGAAUAAAGAACCACUGGAAUGCCGCUAAGAGGCGGCAGUUCUCAAAGAGAAGAGAAAGGGAGGUGGGGUCAAGCAGCAGCAGCAGCCACAUAGCCAACAAAAGGAGGCCAUUGGCUCUCCAAAACUAUAUCAAAUACAAGUAUUUCAGCGGUCUAACCUUAGGCCUACCCGGUUCGGUUUUUGAUGUUCGGGAAAACCCCCCGGUCCAACGACAGGGGAUCACUACUGCUAACCCCCUACACAGGGGCUCGCUCUCUUCAGUACUAUUUCUUGUGGAGAAUGAGCACCGUGAUUCACCGCCAUCGCUUCUAGCUGAAACUUGCGAUGAGGAGAUGAGCUUCAUGGCAAAGCUCUUCGGGAGCUCACCGUCAUCAUCGGGAACAUCAAUGGUGGCGAAAUAAAUUGGGUCGCAUCUCAACCACCACCACCGCCAGCACCGCAACUUUGGUGUAUUUCAGGGUAAUAGAGAGGAUGGGAUAGAAGAAGACAGUUGGAGCACAUACCUUGCAUCCAACCCGAGCUUGUAGGAACCCGGUUUUCAAGUUCAUUCAUAUGAGCGAUACAUCCUCUCUGUCAUAAACUCUUUCCUAUUUU